AUGGAAGGUUUUCUCCAGCAUGUCAGGUCUCUUCGGAUGCAGAUCUCAGAGUAUGAGGACAAGGCGGCAGAAAUCAGCGCCAGAAAGCAGCAGGAGCAGACCGAAAUAACUUCAAUCCAACGGGACUUGGAUCGAAUCUCAUGGGAGAUCAAGGAGUGUUCACAAACAACGGAGAAGUUGUUGAACGAUUCUGGGACCAUCGGCCGCACGAUCCUGGCGGCACAGCAGGAGCAGCUGCAGGCGGAUCUGGAUGUCGCAUCUUUGGACCAGGCAAUAGAGUUGAUGAAGACGGGUCUUGAAGCUGAUGCGAUCAAGCAACGCUCGAAGGAACAAGAGUUGGAUACGGCCUACGAUGGCAUGUUGUCCCAGCUGGAGGAUUACAAGAUUGAUGAAGUGAUUGAGAACCUGACGAGCAAUGUCUCUGAAAGCGAUGGCGGGAACACAGCUUUGGCUGACUCGUCCAAGGAACUCCAAGAUCAGCUAAGGAGAGCGCGAAGCGAACAAGCUCGAGCGACCGGCGAGAAGGCUUCGGUUGAAAAACAGUUGCAGGAUUUGGAGGAGGACGCACGAACUCUUGAGGAGCAGAUGAAGGAGGUGAACGUGGAUGUCAUCGAAGUCAUCAGGCAGAUUGAUGGUCUACCGGACCACGUCAGGAUGUUUGCCAGCGAUGAUCAAACGGCGGCCUUGCUAGAAGAGAUGGAGGGGGUGGCGGAGGACAAAGGCCAGGAGAAGCAGUACGCUGCAGACUGCCGCCAACGCCUCGAAGUGCUGCAGGCUGACCAGGUGCUGGAUUGCCCCUCCUGCGGGCACCAAUACGAGCUCAAAGCUGCCGCAAGACCGCUUUGCACUGCGGCAGAGGCGAACGACGAGCAACUUGUGACUCCGAUGGAAGAUUAG